AUGGCGGAUUCAGCCCCCGCGCAAGAAACCGCCGCCGCCGCCGCCGUCGUCGCCGAGCCUACUACCGUUCCCGACAAACCCGAAUCGGACGCUCGACCUGCGCAGCCCGAUCUAUCUUCCUCUGCGCAGCCUCCGUUUCCCUACCCAAACCCUAGCGCGCCUCAGCCGCCCUCGGUUUUGAAUCCUUCUCAGCUCCCGAUCCAGCCUUCGUUCCGCCCCGCUUCACCGGCGAUUUCAGUGCCUUCUGCCGGAGCCGCGCCGCAGUUCUCUCCUGGUACCUUUCAGAACCCCGGGAUCCCGCAUCCGAUGUUGGCCAUGGCCUCGUCCCCGACGGUUGGGAGUGUGCCACAGCAGGUUCAGGUGGCUGCUGUGCAUCCAGGGAUGGCCCCACCGUAUUCCUUGCCCGGUCAGCCGAUAAGAUAUUUGCCGCCGAUGCCAAAUGGUUUUCCGGCUAUCCCGCAGGCUGUUCCCCAAGGAGUUGUUCGUUAUCCUUAUGCACCAAUGGUUCGACCAACAUUUCCUCCACGACCAUUGAUUGGUGUUAUGCCACCAUUGGCACGCCCUCCUGUUGGCAUUCGUGGCCCAGUCAUUCCUCAUAUUGUUCCUAGGCCGCCUGCUACUGUUGCUACAGCAGAAGAGCCACAAACAACUGUUUAUGUUGGAAAGAUAUCUUCAACAGUGGAUAACGAGUUCAUUUUGUCUCUGCUGAAACUUUGUGGCCCUGUAAAGAAUUGGAAGCGUCCUCAAGAUCCCACUGGGACUUUGAAAGGUUUCGGAUUUUGUGAAUUCGAGUCUGCGGAAGGAGUUCUUCGUGCACUGCGGCUUCUUAACAAACUAAGUAUUGAUGGACAAGAGCUUAUGUUAAAUGUAAAUCAAACAACUCGGAAAUAUCUUGAGCGUUAUGUAGAGAAAAAAACUGAAAGUUCAAAGAAACAAUCAGAAACUGAGGGUGGUGAGAAAGAGGAAGCGAGUGCAUCAGGCGCUACUACUAACGAAACAGUGAAGCCCAAUGAAGAAAGUCUGAAGCCACCAUCGGACGAACGAAAAAAGGACGAGGAUGAGAUGAACAAGGAAAAUAGUGAUGCUACAACUUUUGGUCUCGUUACUGAUGAAGACAGGGAUGCUGACCGCGAGGCUCGUGAGAAGCUCGCAGGCAUGAUAGAGGAGCGGUUGAAGAACAAUCCACUACCACCUCCACCCCCUCAGAGACCCAUAGAUGGUCCUGGAAACUCGCACUCUGAACAGCCUUCUGGAUCAAGGGAUGAGGAAUCGGAAGGUGAUGUGGCAAAGAAUAAUUCAGAAGACCAAAAUGAAGACGAUAAGACUGCUGAAAGCAAACCUAUGAGCGAGUUUGAGAGGACUGAUGGCGGUUCACCUGAUAGGAGUAGAAGGCAUGAUAGGAGCAGAGACCGUGACCGUGAACUGAGACGAGAAAAGGAAAGGGAACUUGAAAGAUAUGAGAGAGAACGGGAGCAAGAAAGGGCUAAGAGGGAGAAAGACAGAGAACAUAGGAGCCGGGAAGAUGAACGCAGGUACAAGGCUCGCGAGAAAGAGUGGGAAGCUAGGGAAAGAGAGAGGGAACACUGGCGGAAGAGAGAGAGGGAAAGAGAGAAGCAGAAGGCCCAUGAAAGGAAGUGGGAGAUCAUUGAUCAAGAGCAUGAUGAUGAUGAUGGAUAUGGAAAGAAGAGGAAAUACAAGACGAGCGAUGAAGAGAGGAAAAGGAGACAGAGGGAGAAAGAAGAUGAUUUGGCCGACCGAUUGAGAGAGGAGGAAGAAAUUGAAGAAGCUAAAAUUAGGGCCCUAGAAGAACAGAAGAAACAGCUUGAGGUUCUGAAAACAGAAGAACCGGUUAAUAGACAUGAGAAUGCUGUUUUACCAAAUGAAUCCAAUCAUGGAGACCAUUUUAAUGCUGAUCAGACCGUUGAUCACAAACUAGACCAUGGUGCUUCUGAAGUAGCGGGUGAAGAGGUCUUACAAAAUGGCGUCAGUGAUGAUUUUGUUACAUCAUCAAAUUCUGAUGCAAGGCAAAGUAGCAAUUUGCCAACUAGAAAGUUGGGAUUUGGUCUUUUAGGGUCUGGAAAACGAACUACUGUCCCUUCUGUAUUUAAUGAGGAUGAAGACGAGGAAGCACACAAGGACAAGAAGAUGAGACCUCUAGUCCCAAUUGAUUACUCAACUGAAGAGCAGCAAGUGAUUCAACCUUCGAUACCUGAAGGCCCAUCUGCCAAUAUCGCUGCUGCAGCAGAAUAUGCGAAGCGUAUUUCAACAGCGAGUGCUAAAGAAGAGAAACCUGACAUAGAAAAAGAGAGAAACCGACGUUCUCAUGAUAGAUCCGGGCAUCGAGAUCGAGAUAGAACAGAAGUAGAGACUAAUAGCACACGUGAAGAGAGCCGAAAGGAUAAUUUGGACAGGGAGAGGUCAAACAAGAAGACCCCUGAAAACCAGAAGCUUUUGGAUGCUAAGCAGUUGAUUGAUACAAUCCCAAAGACCAAGGAUGAGUUGUUUUCUUACGAGAUAAAUUGGGUGAUCUACGACCAGAAUGCGCUGCACGAGAGAAUGAGGCCAUGGAUAUCAAAGAAGAUCACGGACUAUUUAGGAGAAGAAGAGGUUACCCUUGUAGACUAUAUCGUGUCGAGCACUCAGGAGCAUGUCGAAGCUAGUGAGAUGCUCGAGAGACUCCAAACCAUUUUGGAUGACGAGGCCGAGAUGUUUGUUCUAAAGAUGUGGAGAAUGCUUAUCUUUGAGAUCAAGAAAGUCGAGACAGGCCUGGCCCAGAGGUCAAGGGCCUGA